UUUGGAGUGAGACAAAAUCAGACAAGAUACCUGGGCAAUCAUGAUCAUACCAGUUCGCUGCUUCACUUGUGGGAAGGUUAUAGGCAACAAAUGGGAAGCAUACCUCGGUCUGUUGCAAGCAGAGUACACUGAAGGUGACGCGUUGGAUGCGCUCGGUUUGAAGAGGUACUGCUGUCGUCGAAUGCUGCUUGGUCAUGUGGAUCUUAUAGAGAAACUCCUUAAUUAUGCACCAUUGGAGAAAUAAUUUAUUAUAGAAUUAAAUUAAUAAUAGUAUGUGAGGUUUAAUUAAAUUUAAUGUAUAAGUUGAUUCCAAAAAAUGAUGUGAUAACGAAAUAAAUUGAUUUUGAAUAUGAAAAUCUUUUAAUCAUGUAAAUUACUAAUAUAUGAUAAUUAAUAGAGAAUUCACGUCCCAAACUAAGCACAGCUUGUGUUACUACCUACUUAACAACUACUACUUCAAUAUAUAUUUUUUGUAAAUAUAUACAAAUAAACAUAGGCUUAGAUCGAUACCAA